CAUCUCUCCCCCCCCCCCAUAGAAUAUAGGCUGUUUCUGCGCUCUUCUCCUCCUCCUUGGACCUAAGGUCCUGCUGGUUCUUUUCAUAUCCUUUUGGAAGGUAUUUGCCCUUCUAUCGGGGGCUUUUUGGUUGUUAUUCUGGAGUCCAUACCAAAAACCCAUAAAGUCAACUCUUAUUUUAUAGCAGAAAAGGGCUUGUUUUUUGGUGAUAGAUUCUGCCAAAAAUAAGUUUUACUUAUUCCACUCUGCUGUAAAUCUUCAUGCUGCAUAACUUCUUGUUGUUGCUUGAGACUCAUGUCUCCAGUUGUCAGUGAAAUCCUCCGAUCCGGGUUUAUGAUAAAUUCUUCCCUCAGACGCAGGACCCAUCUCGUUCAAUCUUUCUCAGUUGUGUUCCUCUAUUGGUUCUAUGUUUUCUCAUAAAUAAGCUUUCUUUAAUUGCUUGAUUUUCACUAUUUAUAUACAUAUAUAACUAUCUGUCUAUACUGAUUAGCUAGUAUCGGUGUCCUGCCGCCUCUGAGUUUUUAUUAUCCUGAAAUAUUAGUCAUCUCUAUUGAAGUUUCAGCCUUGUUUUUGGUGUAAGUAUAUUAAUAUGGCUUCGUCCAGUGGAAACUCCAAUUCCACAAGCUCCUCCCAGAUUCACAACUCUGGGUCCGAAGAGAAGUACUUGCAUCAGAUGAGCAUGAUGGAUCAAAGAAAGAGGAAGAGGAAGGAAUCAAACAAGGAAUCAGCCAGAAGAUCUCGGGUGAGAAAACAGCAGCACUUGGAUGAUUUGACGGCCCAAGCGACUCAGCUAAGCAAAGACAAUAACCAAAUUCUCACAAGCAUCAACUUCACUAACCACCACUAUUUGACCAUUGAGGCCGAGAACUCGGUUCUGUGGGCUCAGAUGAUGGAACUGAGUCAAAGACUCGAGUCUCUGACCCAAAUCCUGAGUUAUAUCAACGUCCCUACCCUGUUGUAUGAAACUGAUCAGUGCUUUGAAGCAAGUGGCAACCACAGUUUCGACAACCCUUUCAAUCUGCCUUAUCUUAACCAACCCAUCAUGGCCUCUCCAGACAUCUUUGAAUACUACUGAUCCAUAAUAACCUAUCAUUAAUUACUUAUAAAUGGAUGAAAAAAUAUGGUCAAAAUCCAGGGAUAUCUUUGAAUAUUAUGUUUUCUUCACUUGGCUGGGGUCUUUUGUCUCCUUCCACAUCUUGUAAUUUAUGGUGUCAGCCCCUCAUGUUUGUAAA